AUGGGUGGAAAGCGUACGACGCCGACAUUCACAGCGCGCACGACGCCGUCGCUCGACGACGGCAUUUCCCUGGUUCAACAAGGAACAUCCGAGAUCCAGUUCAGCUUCAAUGGCCAACGCCUGUCGAUGACCGGUACAUACGCCUACGCUGCUGGCAUCAAUAUCGAGAGCGUCGUCGUGCUCGGACAGAAAUCUGCGCCUACGAGUGUCAAUUAUAAUGGCCAGAGCUUGCAGGUCCAAUAUGAUGGUAACGCGCAGACGGCGACUAUCAACUGCAGUAUCCCAUUGACUGGUGAUGCGACCGUGACUUUUGGCGGAGUUGCUGAGUAUCCUGGCACCGUGUCUAGGCAGGGUCCGGCUGGAAAAUUGUCAGCGUUUGUGCUUAACGAUUUUGCUAUGAGCUAUCUCUUCAUGUAA